UGGUUGCAAUCGCACCUCGAAACCAUGAACAUGACUGCUCAGGUCGUCUAAUCGGACACUUCUGAGCACACCAGCAAUAUAUGAAAUGGCCGGGCUCAGAAUUUUUUUGUUCAGGAAAUAUUUCCGAUUGCCACAGAGCAAUUUCAAUUGUAGAUUGUAGUUUUUGUCGGGCAAUUUGGGCGAUAACUCAUUUGCUGCGGCGCAAUGUACAUUUAGGGCAAUGAAUUUUGCAUGAAAUGGAGGUGGCGGGGAGAGGAUAGGUUGCUGACAUUGGGGACAUAUUUCCUUUCACGUAAUUACGGAAGAUUGUGGGAGGAGUACGGAUGGCUGGAAUUUUUUUGACAGUGUAAGUUGGUUUUCAGCAUUGCAUUUGAUUUCACCUCAUCGUUGCAAAGACGGAGUGAAAUGGAUGCAGCAAGUGGUGAAGUGAUAGAGGUUGAGCUCCAGAAUGGCGUUGUUAUCAUAGAAGGGAACAAUGGCGUGUUCAUGGAGCCUGUGCGUGUACUCAACUCUGGUUACGAUAUGCACGAUGUGAAGUUCGAGCGCUACUAUUCCCGUGCUUUCUUUACUUCUGUCUCUAUGCCAUCUUCUGGAGUUACGAAUGAGGGCAGUGACACCAGGAAGAGGAAAAGAAAAAGAGUGUACAAUCUGAAUGAGAAAGAAGUCCUUGCUGAAAAUCGUCACCAAGAAGUGAGAUCGGUCAUACUGAAGGCACAUGAAGCGUUUCAGGCAACUGUUGCACCCUCCCUUCGAAAUUAUAUCACCUUUGAUGGCCGCGACGACUGUGUCCCUUCUCCUAGUAAAAGUUGUUCAAGUAUGCAGAAUCUAGGAAUAGAAGAAGGUGAAGUGAAUUUUGUGGAGCUGGCGGCCUUGUGGCAGGCCCCGUUGUACGAAUUCUCUUUUUCAAAAGGGCAGGUUGAUUGCGAGGAAGAGGAGUCACGCACAACUCCAAUGUUCAACACAAUUAUCAAAAGUUCAAGCAGAACAUCUGAAGUAGCUGAAUGUGGGGCGUGCAAGUAUCUACUACCUAAAUCGUGCACGUUUCUUAUUUCGGACAUAUCUGAGGUGCAUCGGCUCAUUCCAGUAGGUGACUCGAAAGACGGAUUCAAUCUUAUGGUUAUUGAUCCUCCCUGGGAAAAUAAGAGCGUCCAUCGGAAAUCUCUAUACCCUACUCUACCAAAUAAAUAUUUGUUAUCCCUGCCAGUCAAGCAACUUGCUCAUGCAGAUGGGGCGCUUGUGGCAUUGUGGAUUACCAAUCGUGAGAAGCUGCGUCACUUCGCAGAAACGGAACUUUUUCCAGCUUGGGGAGUAAAAAUGGCUGCUGUUUGGUACUGGCUCAAGGUGACAGUAGAGGGUACAAUGGUGAGUCCACUGGAUUUGGCUCAUCACAAGCCAUAUGAAUGCUUGCUUCUUGGGUAUUUACCCAGCAAAAUAGGCUCAACAUCAGAGGAGAGCGUGCAAUUCACAGGUUCAAGAGAGCACGCAGAUCUGCCCGAUAAAUUCGUUCUCAUAAGUAUACCUGGGGACCAUUCCAGGAAGCCGCCAUUGAAAUCACUUCUAUCGAAGCACAUACCGGGACAGAGGCAUGCUGAGAGAGGCUUGGAGUUAUUUGCAAGGGAGUUAUCUGCUGGUUGGACAUCAUGGGGUAAUGAACCUCUGCGGUUCCAACAUCUGAACUACUUCCGUGAAAGAUAAAUGUUUUACCGUUUGGAAACUUGGCGAUGAUCUGCGAAUGCAUUGCUAUGGUUUUCUUACGUCUUCAAUUUCCCUGUUUUUUUGUAAUAUAGGCAGAUAGGACGUGUGUCAUCUGAUAGCAUCUUACGCUAGACUCGACGACUGGUUACCUCUCGAAGAGGCUCGCGUUCUUGUUGUCCUUAUUAUUGCGAUAUGAUCUACACCUGGUUGGGGUUUCAUGGACAAUCGCACAUAUUGCGACACUCUAAUUACUUGAUUCUUCUCUGCACAUUUUGGCAAUGUUCAAUUUUACUGGA